UAUGACAACUUUAUGUCAAGAAGUUAAAAUUGCUGUAAUCAUCAAGAACAGCACAUUAACAGAAGAUGGAAAUCCUGCUCGAUACAGUCUGCAAAAAAAGACAGACAAUAUAAAACAAUCUGCACCAUAUAGGAAAAUCACCUUUGGAGAGAGAGACAAAAACAAACCCCAUAAAAUCAUUCUGAUGGUGGGAGAAACAGGAACAGGAAAAACAACCCUGAUCAAUGUGAUGAUCAACUACAUGUUGGGUGUUCAGAGAGAAGACAAGGUUUGGUUUGAGAUCACAGAUGAUCAGAGUAAGCAAUCAUUAGCUCACAGUCAGACCUCCAUCAUCACUGUUUAUGGGUUUUAUCUACAAGAGAGUAAAACUGAUUUAACAAUCAUCGACACUCCAGGAUAUGGAGACACUCGUGGAGUUGAUCUUGAUAAACAGAUCGCUGUGAGUUUUCUUAGUUUAUGUAAAUCUGAAGAAGGGAUCCAUGAAAUACAUGCAGUGUGUCUGGUGAUUAAAGCAACACAGAAUCGACUCUCUGACAGACAAAUAUACAUAUUUGAUGCUGUUCAGUCUUUAUUUGGGAAAGAUACUGCUGAAAACAUUGUCCUGCUCUUCACACACUCAACUGGAGCUCCACCUAAAAAUGCCCUGACGGCUGUUAAAGAGGCUAAAAUCAAGUGUGCAGAGAAUGACAAGAAGAAGCCAGUGUUUUUCCUGUUUGACAACUGUCAGUCAGACACUGAUGAUGAAGAAGAUGAUGAUGAUGAAGAUGAAGACCGUAAACUGAGGCUGAAUCAAUCAUGGGAUCGCAGUUUUAAAGGAAUGGCAAAAUUGUUCAAGUUUCUUGACACAAUACAACCAAAAUCCCUGAGGAUGACUGUAGAUGUGUUACAGAAUCGGAAGCAGUUGGAGGCAAAUAUCUCUAAUCUACAGUCACGUGUUCAAACAACAGAACUAAAGCAAAAUGAGCUGAAACAAACUCAAGAAGCUCUGGAGAAGAACAAGAAAGAUGUAGAAGAAAAUAAAGACUUUGAGUAUGAAGUUGAUGUUCCCUACAAAGAAUGGGUUGAUAUUGAUCGCUCUAAAGCUAGCAUGGCAAUGACCUGCAGUGUCUGUAAGGAGAACUGUCAUUAUCCAGGAUGCUGGUGGGUCAGUAAUCUCACAUGGUGCAGCAUGAUUACAAAUGAUAGCUGUACAGUGUGCACAAAUAAAUGCUCUUACACAAAACACGUCAAAGCAGCAAAAAUAUAUGUAACAAAGACAAUGAAAGAGAAGAGGACAUAUGAAGACUUAAAGAAGAAAUAUGAGGACAAAAUUGGAGAAGGUGUGUCUUUGGUCAAGACAGUGUCUUUGGUGGAGGAAGAACUACAUGAAUUAGAGAAAGAGAAAAUAAAGCUGGUGAAUGAAGCUUUUCACUGUGUGGAAGCUCUGGAGAAGAUCGCACUCAACAUUGAUUCUGUGUUCACACUUCAGCACAUUGAUGUUCUGAUUGAGAAGAUGAAGGAAAUAAAUGAGCCUGAAAAGGCCAAAACACUGGAAAACAUCAAGAAGAGAGCAGGAGAAGAAAAACAAGGAGCAGUGGGAUACAUUACAAGAUUUUUUAGAAAAAUGCCAAUCAUGCCUUGGCUCAAUGAGUAA